AUGCCCAACGUCUUUGCGCCCCAGGUCUUCUUUAUCGUGUUCCGCGAGACGCUUGAGACCAGCAUCGUUGUCUCCGUGUUGCUCUCCUUUGUCAAGCAGCAACUGGGCAACGAUCAGGACAAAUCAGUGUAUCGGAAGCUGAGAAACCAAAUAUGGGCAGGCACUCUGACCGGCUUCGUCUUGUGUUUGGUCAUCGGCUGCGCCCUCAUCGGCGUCUUCUACGGCCUCGGCAAGGACAACUGGGGCUCCAUCGAGAAGAUAUGGGAAGGCGUUUUCGCCAUCGUGGCCGCGCUCAUCAUCACCGUCAUGGGCGCCGCACUGCUCCGCAUCUCCAAGAUGCAGGCCAAGUGGCGCCUGAAGCUGGCCAAAGCCCUCGAGGCCAAAUCCAGCAGCCUGCUCCACCAAUCCGACCGAGGCCACGCCAGCCUAAAGAACAAGCUCAGGCUCUGGACCGAGAAAUAUGCCUUGUUCGUGCUCCCAUUCAUCACCAUCCUCCGCGAAGGUCUGGAGGCCAUCGUCUUCAUCGGCGGCGUCAGUCUCGGCCUGCCAGCCUCGGCCAUUCCGCUGGCCACCGUCUGCGGUCUGCUGGCCGGCUGUGUCGUCGGCCUCGUCAUCUACAAGUUCGGCAACAUGGCACCACUGCAACUCUUCCUCAUCAUCUCCACCUGCUUUCUGUACCUGGUCGCUGCCGGCCUGUUCUCACGGGGCGUCUGGUACCUCGAGGCCAACGCCUGGAAUAAGGCCACGGGCGGCGAUGCGUCGGAGAACGGCUCCGGCCCCGGAAGCUACGACAUCAGGCAGAGCGUGUGGCAUGUCAAUUGCUGCAACCCAGACUUCAACGGCGGUGGCGGCUGGGGCAUCUUCAACGCCCUCCUAGGCUGGCAAAACAGCGCCACCUACGGCAGCGUCAUCAGCUACAACCUGUACUGGAUCUGCGUCAUGGCCGGCUUCCUCCUGCUCAGAUGGCAGGAGAGGCGAGGCCACAAGGCCUCCUCCGGUAGUGGUGAAGUCGAGAACGGCGCCCCGGUCCUGCACAGAAAGGGAAGCGGAAGUGAUCAGGCCAGCAGCCAAGAGGCGGCGGUUGUCGACGAGAAGGUCACUGGACACAGCAAGGCGACGGCGCUGCCGGAGGUCAGUCCGGCUUGA